GAGUUAUCUCCGCUUACUUGCCAUCGAACAGAAAAUUUGAAAUUAAUUGGGACCCCGGAUACGUUGCUACGGUUUAAAACUAAACUGAGAUAUGGAUGUAAAUAAGAUUAUGAGCAACAUUCGGAAUGGGGACUUUGAAGAUGUGAAACGUCUUAUGAAAACACAGCCCGAAAAACUUAACCAAACAACUUCAAAUGGUAUUACAUUCCUCAUGACAUCUUGUGAACGAGGCAGCAUAAGGUUAAUAACCUUAUCAACAGAAUCUGGCACUGAUCUCAACAUCAGCAACAAAAAGAACCAGACAGCUUUACAUUCUGCUGUGGAUAACUUGACCAAACAACUUCAAGUGGUAUUACAUUCCUCAUGGCAUCUUGUGAACGAGGCAGCAUAAGGCAGCAGUCUAAGGUGAGCUGCCGUCGCGAAGUCUAUUAUACGGUGACAUGGUCCGCCCGUAAAUUCCCGAAAGAUGA